GGUGCUUCGGCUGUGCCGGUGUGGGCUGCGCCAUGGCCCUCAGCAGUGAGCCCUUCGCGGCUCUGCUGGGCAGAACCGUUAAAGUCACCUUAAAAUGUGGCGUCUUCCAGGGCGUGCUGCAGCACGUGAACCCUGACCGGAGCCUCCUCUUGCGGACAGUUAAAAACUUAGAAACUGGCAGAAGCAGUCCAGGAAUAAAGAUGUUUUUUGGCCCUGAAAUAGUAAAUGUGGAACUGCUGGAUGAACCAGAUUCAGGGAAAGGAACAACAGUGCUCUCUGAGUGCACUUCAGCUGUUGAAGGGAACAAACAAGCAGACACAGGACCAGAAGGCUGUGGAUCAUGUAGUUCUCCUGUUUCCUUAGAGAGCCAGCUCGGAGCCUCAAACAGCUUAAAAUGCUCCCUCUCAGAGAAGAAGGAAGAAGAGAAUGUGGAGUACACAGUUAUUGAUUCUUUCCACGAGAAUUUUGGCCCAGCAGUGCUGCACCUGAAACAGCAGCUUGUGGUCAGUAUAGCAGGAGAAGGUGUUAAUUUGUGUCGUUACGGAAAACUCUCAUGGCUUGAGAUAGCAUCAAAGAGCCGCAUUUUCCUAUUUGAUAUCUUUCUUCUGGGACCACAGGCUUUCAAAAAUGGAUUACAAAUGCUGCUGGAAGAUAAAAACAUCUUGAAGGUCAUGCAUGAUUGCCGCUGGAUCUCAGACUGCCUUUUCCACCAGUAUGGUGUUCUCCUCUUCAACGUCUUUGAUACACAGGUUGCUGAUGUUCUGCAGUUCUCAAUGGAAACAGGUGGCUUCCUUCCACACCGUGUCUGCACGUUACAGGAGUGUUUGAUGCAGCACUUGAAGAUACCUUCCAAAUGGGAUGCCAUCAUGAACUGCAGGCAGAAGAUGGCUUCAGAGAAUCCUGAUGUAUGGUUCCUGAGACCCUUUCCACCUUCACUGCUUAAAGCACUUGCUCUGAAGGCUAUGCACCUUUUGCUGCUUCACUCAUCCCUAAUGGAGAACUUGCUGUCUGACCUAACAGCUGUAGUACAUGAUUAUUUGAAUACUUAUCGCUCUGGGUCUGGAGAUCACCUUUGGAGCACAAAGGUAGCCCACUUGCAUGGAGCUGCCAAAGGAGCUUCGUCAGCUCUUAGAUAUGCAGAUGCUGCGAAAAGAGAGAGCAAUCAAAAACUACAAAAUGAACAAGGAUGGUCUUUUGAUCAGGCCAACAUCCAUGGAAUUCAAAAAGAGAAACAACCCACAGGAGGAUGGAAACUACAGAGAUGGAUCACCCUCCCACAAAUAAAGGGAUGUCCUAUCAUGCAUCCUUCUAUAAUUGGGAUGUACUUUGUCAAGAAAAGCUUGAAAAAUCAAAAUCAAGAGGUAAAUCUGUGGAAGAACCUUAAACCAGCCUCAAGCUGGCUGAACAAGUGACUUGAUAGGCUUAGACUGGGCAUUUGAAGACACCCAAAUGAAAAAAGGGGCUAUCCCCCGAGCAGAAGUGUCAAACAAAAGCUCCUCUUUACAAUGAUGGGUAAACCCAUUGUUGAAUGAAAAUAAUGGUCUUUUUUUGAAGGAAAUUCCUUCUGUGUCUUGCUCUUCUCUGGGUUUACUUUUGAAAUCCACUUUUUCAAGAGCUAUUUUUGAUUUUAAAUCAGUGACUUCUGGUUUUCUUGCUUUAUCAGACCAAUGUCUUAAGUUGUAUUGGUUCUUUCAUUGCCUAUUGUAGGCAUGUAAAAACUCUUAUUCAAUCCAGACAUGUAAACAGGGGAGCUUGUAAGAGGCCUGUUCAUUGAGAUUAUAAAGGGUUGGCUUGGAAAGAUUAAAAAACGUUCUGGCCAUCCCAUGUGGGCUUGGUUUCCAUAUAGAUAAGUCUCUUGGCAUAGCUGUACAACAUAGAGUAAAAAAGAUCACACCCUAAUGAACAACUGUGCUGGCAAAACAAGGGUUGUACUAAUCAAAAGGACUUUUCUGCCAAGUCAGAGUUAUUUUAGGUUGAGAAAAGAAGCUUCCCACUGAAGGUUACAUGAGAGUGUUGUCUGUCAGCACUGCUCUGUUGAACUCCUCUGGAUAAGACUGUAACACUAACGUGGUAUGGAGAUGGACAAGUGUGUAUAAAGAGGGAGGGAAAGGAAGCAGUUAAAUUAGCUUUAACAAAUAGCACCCUCUCCCCCCCAAAGUAAAAUUAGAUAUUAAGGCAAAACCAGUUGAUUUCCAGUAUCCUUUUGUUAAACCACAACACUGGUAUUCACCAAAAGUAAAGCUCCUCCAAUGAGUAGUUAUUCUAUCACAUGACAAAAUUAAUGUAGGCCAUGCCUGAGUCUUGGAAUUAUUUUUGAGGGGGAGGAAGAGGAAAGGGGCAUAUUCCUGUAUUUGACUUGCAAGCACAAGAUUGUUGAAACUUCUGUGGUUUUGAAAUUAUGAAUUUAUACACAGUUAUGUAGUUAAAUACAUUAGAAAUAAGGCAUGUUUUGCCAUUCAGAUGCUUCAGACAGCGUGGGGAACCCCUGCAGUAUAAAGAAGGUUUUGUUCUAUGAGUUUUGUGGCUAUGAGUAUUGGUGAACACCGAUGAGCAACAUAAAAUAAGGAAGAGUGGAAGAGGUGACAGUCACUGUCCCCACCAGACUGCAGCCCCAGAGCAAUCUGCACAUGUGGGACUAGUAAUGACACCAGGUUGCAAGGGACAUGAUGUCUGUGUGUGAGUUCAUACAAAGCCUAUUUGAGAUGGUUUUCUUUGGAUGUAAACUGGUGUGACCAGAUGCUUCUGAUCUGUGUGCAUUUCUUAUGAAUACUGUUAGGGGAAAUGUGCCUUAGGUUUUUUGGUGGGUUUUGUGUUUGAUUUGGUUUAUUAUUCCUCUCCACAGAGAGUACUUAGACCAGCAGUAUUUAAAUAUACCUCUUCUCUGAAAGGACUUGCUUACUUGUAGGAGUGGCAGAAAAAUUGGUAGAAGAACUUCAAAGGUUUGCUCUUUGUCAGUACAUUUUUCUACAUUUGUUUUUAUAACAAAGUGUGCAGUUCCUUUGUUUCAGUUCACUUUAGAAGA